UCACAUUCAAUGCCCAAAACAGAUUGCAUUUUCAUGUUAUCAGAUGAUAUUUUAUUAGUUAACACUCCAGUUUUUUUGUAGUCUUUCACAAUGUGUGUGGAAAUCCUCAUUCCAUUUUCCUGCACAAGUACUAAUCCUUCGUUAACUUCAACUGCAAACUCCGUUCGCAGGCAGAAAAUGACUCGUCUGAGGGCAAAAGGGGGCGCAAGAAACUAAGGCAUGAAAUGCAUUCAAGGGAGGAUUCCAUGUUUUCUCCUGAUGUUGUGAGGAGAGUGAAAGGGGUUAAUGCUUUUGCAUCUCUUGGAUUGAAACUAAAUGCUGAUGUAGAAUCAUCCACAAAGUGUGCUUCUCUUAAGAAAGAUUGCUUUGAUCUUAAAACUGAUAAAUUGAGCAUAAAUGAUUUUUCUUGGACAGAGGAAAUAGCAGAAUGUCCUGUGUAUCAUCCAUCAAAGGAGGAAUUUGAGGAUCCUUUGGUUUAUGUGCAGAAAAUUGCUGCAGAAGCAUCAAAAUAUGGCAUUUGUAAGAUUGUUCCACCUUUAAUUUCUUCAAUCCCAGCCGGGGUAGUGCUAAUGAACGAGAAAAGAGGUUUUAAGUUCACGACUAAACUGCAACCUCUCCGACUUGCACAAUGGGAUAACGAUGACAAGAUCUUCUUCUUCAUUAAAGAAAGAUAUUAUACGAUUCGUGAAUUUGAGAAAAUGGCCAACAAGGCAGCCUCUAGAAGAUAUUGCACUUCUGGUUGCCUUCCUUCAAAAUACUUGGAAAGAGAAUUUUGGAGUGAAAUGCUGCAUGGAAAGAAAGGAACUGUUGAAUAUGGUAUCAAUGUGGAUGGAAGUGCCUUCUCGUGUUCCCCUGAAGAUCCUCUUUCUACAAGCAAAUGGAACUUGAAGACACUUCCAAAGCUGCCUAGAUCUGCAUUGCGUCUACUGGGAACUGCAAUUCAGGGAGUAUCGGAACCAAUGCUUUACAUUGGAAUGCUAUUUAGCAUGUUUGCAUGGCAUGUCGAGGAUCAGUAUCUAUAUAGCAUUAACUAUCAUCACUGUGGCGCUCCAAAAACGUGGUAUGGAGUUCCUAGUUUUGCAGCUCUUCAAUUAGAGAAAAUCGUCCAAAACUGCAUUUAUAAGAAUGAAAUUUUACCUCUGGAGGGAGAAGAUGGAGCUUUCGACAUUCUAGCAGAGAAAACAACAAUGUUUCCUCCAAAUAUUUUGCUGCAACACACUGUCCCGGUUUAUAAAUCUGUUCAAAUGCCAGGGGAGUUUGUGAUCACCUUUCCUAGAGCCUAUCACUCGGGAUUUAGUCAUGGUUUUAACUGUGGCGAGGCAGUAAAUUUCGCAGUUGGAGAUUGGUUUCCCUUUGGGGCAGAAGCUAGCACUCGUUAUGCUAAGCUCGGAAGAAUCCCAAUUAUCCCUUACGAAGAACUCCUCUGCAAAGAAGCGAUGCUGCUUUUUAAGUCUUCGAGUCAUCAACAUAAUUUACCUUCAGAUUCCCUCUCUCUUCGUUGUAUGAAGAUUUCAUUUGUAUGUCUAUUAAGAUCACAUCACCUUGCGCGCUGGUGUUUGAAGAGAGCAACAAAAUCAGCAACUAUUUGUCCUAAAUCUCAAGGAACCAUCUAUUGCUUCCUAUGUAAACGGGAAUGUUAUGUGGCACAUCUCGUGUGCAAAUGUUACGACGAUCCCGUAUGCCUUUUUCAUGAGAGGGAGGUUCUUAACUGCAAAUGUGGAACUUCCUGCAGAAUCUAUCUUAGAGACGACAUAUUAGAAAUGGAAGCCGCGGCAAAAAUGUUUGAACGGGAAGAAGAAAUACAUAGGAAAGUUGAGCUACAAUUGGAAUGUGAACCUUACUUGUGGAUGCAGAAUAUAAUUUCUAGCACAAAACAGAAAUACAUUCCUUACUGUGAGCGUCUUUCAGGUCUGAAUGAGGACAACCAUAAAGGUCGAAAUGCUAAAGUCAAAGGGAACAGGAAGAGGAGGAGGAAUCAAAGGAAAUGGCUUAGAACAAUGAUCGAAUCCAAGUUGGAGCAGGAAAGAGCAUGAAGAAGCACAGCAUAGAGAAAUGUAAUUCAUUGCAAACCACAAGAAAGAAUUCCAAGAAAAUUUCGUUGUCAUAAAGGUGAUUGUAAAUCAUAAAAGGGUCAUGAACUGCAGAAUGGCAGUCACUAAAUAGGUAUGUUAGUUUAGUGUUAGUAACAAUAUGUAUUUAUCUUCAAGUAUUUGAUCCUUUUGCAAAUGAUAUCAA